AUGGAGUUUCUCGAUAAAAUAGAGAAACUAAUUUACGGUGACGUCAACAUUACGGGAGUCCCGCCAAUUCAUGAGUUGUUACAGUUUGCUAACAAGUCUAGAAACGUGUCGUUCCACCAAGAAGGACUUGAAGAUGAGGAGCCAAAUAUAUGUGGACGGGUAUUUCUUAUACUAGCGUACAGUAUUGUUAUCGCGGUUUCUUUGUUCAGUAAUACCUUAGUUUGUCACGUGAUAUUUAAGAACAAAAGCAUGAGGACCGUUACAAACAUAUUCAUCGCAAACCUGGCCGUCUCCGAUCUCCUUCUGACAUGUUUCAAUGUACCCUUUAAUAUUGCUCGCAAUCUCAUAGAAAAUUGGCCAUUUGGGAGCGCCAUGUGUCAAUUGAUAAACUUUUCGUUAAUGGUGUCAUCGUAUGUGUCAACUUUUACCCUGCUUGGAAUUGCUCUGGAUCGCCAACAAGUCCUAAUGUACCCUCUUAGUCCCAGAAUGAGCAAACCAAUAGGAAUCGUUGUGAUUACUGUCGUUUGGAUGGUCGCAAUAGGUUUAUCAUUACCAUUUGGACUUUUCAACAAAGUUCAAACAGUUGAUUUCUUCUUCAAGAAGGUCAAAAGAUGCACAUCGGACUUUCCAAACCCAAGUGAUAAAUGGGAGAAAUAUUUGACAAUUACGACGUUCCUUUUACAAUUUAUAAUACCUCUGACAGUCAUCGGGAUAUCAUAUGGAAGAAUUGUUAAAAAACUCUGGGUUCGAACUCAUGUCGGAGCAGUGACGCAAAACCAACAUGUGUCUCAACAGAAAGCAAAACGUAAAAGCAUAAAAAUGUUGAUUGUGGUCGUUAUUAUGUUCGCAAUAUGUUGGACGCCAUUAAACUUAUACCAGGUACUCGCGGAUUUUAAUCCAGACCAUUUUAGCAGUACAUCGUUUUUCAUCUGCCAUUGGAUUGCUAUCAGUUCAACAUGUUAUAAUCCGUUCGUUUACUGCUGGCUAAAUGAAGCAUUUCGGGAGGAGAUUAAGUCCCGAUUCAAAUGUUGCUUUCCAAAGUCAAAACGCGUUCACCCCGGUGUUAUUAUAGACGGUGUGUUGUUCAGAACAGAUCGUAGCUUUUAUAGACUGGUUUAUAAAUCUCCUUCAACCAACAGAAGGACUUCAACUUCAACCCGACCAAAUGAAUUGUACAAAGUAAAUAACGAUAUUUCAACGAAAGAGCAAGCGGAGAUGCUGUUUUCGUCGUUUAACCAUAGGAAUCCAAUAAGCGACGUUCAGUUAGUGGGGCAACAAUAAGUGGUGCGCUCGAGACUGUCCUGCAAUUGCAGGAGCUGUGUGAACUUUGCAUUACGGAGAAUGGUAAUGCU